GACCGCCUGAUAGAAGUGCUUCGGACGAGUUUAGGGGGAGCCACUCGAGUUCGAGGAGGGGCGACGAUAUCCGGACGCAGGCUAGGAGGAGUGCAUGAUAUUCAGCUCCUGCGGCCCCGCCCGAGAAGUACUCCCGACCGCUCGCCCCCGCCUGUGCAACCUUCUGCGCACACGCAACCUCCUUGCCAAGUUCCACAUGCAGAGCUGGACAUCUCGAUUAAGGAAAAACAGCGGUCGGCUGGGCGUACUGCUCGAAAAGAUGAAUCUUCUGCUACACCAGAAGGGCCGACGAGGCAGUCAUAUCAGAGAGGAUUCACCGUCUCCUAG